UUUCUCCUCCAUCCGCGCACCAUGGCCACCUCAACUCAGAUUCACACUCGUGUUCUGAAAUGCGACCCAUCCUCUAUCACGUUUCCCAUCUCCUCUGACGGCGCAGAUCCCCCGCCCAAAAUUGACGAUCCAGAGACAUUAGAGUCCUUGACCGUCGCAGCACGCCACAUCACAAAUGGCGAGCCCAUCGCUUUCCCCACAGAAACCGUCUACGGACUCGGUGCCCUAGCUCUCAAAACCGAAGCAGCAGCCCGAAUAUUCUCCACCAAGGGCCGUCCGGCAGACAACCCUCUCAUCGUCCACGUAUCUUCGCUCUCGAUGCUCCGUCAACUUCUUCCCGUGGACUACAUUAUUCCUCCAAUGUACGAAAUCCUGAUGCGUCGGUUCUGGCCAGGACCACUUACGCUCCUCUUCCCUUCCUCGCCAUCUAUCGUUCCGUCCAUCAUCACUGCCGGUCAACCUACCGUCGCGAUCCGAAUGCCGUCGCAUCCUGUGGCGAGGGCACUCAUCGCCCUGGCGGAUGCACCAAUAGCAGCGCCAUCUGCGAACUCUAGCGGAAAACCAAGUCCGACGAGGGCAGAGCAUGUGGCGAGGGAUCUGGGUGGAAAGUUGGAGGUCAUACUCGACGGAGGGAGAUGUGAGGUUGGAUUGGAGAGUACAGUCGUGGAUGGGCUAAGAGACGAUGGAAACCUCAGGGUAUUGAGGCCAGGCGGAGUUACUGUGGAAGACAUGCAGAACGUUCUCGAUGAAGAGAUAGAGAGUAAGGAGACGAGGCCGGCCGUCCUAGUGCAUAGGCGAGAUUUCCAAGAUGCGGCGAUGGAGAAAGCACCUACGACGCCCGGGAUGAAGUAUCGACAUUACUCGCCUUCUGUUCCGGUCACCCUCUUGCAUACUUCGUCUUCGACCUCUCCUCCACCUGCCCAUGCCUCUGUCGUCUCCGCCACCGAAUUCUUCGCGUCGUUGGGUUCAUCAGCUCCUGUGCCACACCCAAUAAUCACCAAGAUUGGGUUAUUGGUGCCCAGCGACUCGCAACUCCUACGAUUUGCUCAGGACAGGGAGUCAAUAGAGUGGGUGCUGUAUCCACUAGGUGCUGUGGCCGAUCCCGCGAUGACGGCACAGCGGUUAUUCGAUGGACUAUUGACGUUAGACGAGAAGGGUGUAGAUAUGAUCCUGGUGGAAGAGAUCGGAGAAGAAAAGGAAGGAUUGGCGGUGAUGAAUCGGGUACGAAAGGCUGCAGGAGAGUCGAAAUGGAUAGCUCUAUGAUGCAUGUUCUUUUUGUUCCCUCCAACGGGGGCUCUAUCUGGCAUGCAUAAAAGCUUGAUCUCGC